UCGGAGCGGGCGCCGCGCGGCGCGGCUGGCGGGGCGCGCCCUGACCCUGCCUCCUGGGGGAGGCUCCUGGCGCGCGCGUCGGCGGCCUGGGGCCUGCAGCCGAGCUCCGGGGCCUCCUCGCGCCGCCGGCCCGACGGGGACCCAGCGCCCCGGGAUCGGCCCGAAGAACAGCCCGGCGGGGCCGCCGCGUCCUCUGCAGCCGAGCGGCGGCGUUCGGCGGUGACUCUGCGCUCUGGCUCCACUCAGCACAAUGAUGAAGAUGGAGAGAGGGAAGCGCAGAGAGGUUCAGAUGUUCUUUUAAGAAAUCAUUGAAGACGAAAGCCUUUUUUUAUUACUGUUGUUGUUUUUUAAUGGCUUUACAGAAUUUUAAAUUGAAUGCAGUUUGACAUGACGGCAAAAAAUGUUGGUUUGACUACCACAAAUGCAGAACUAAGAGGAUUCACAGACCAGAAUCUCAGCCCAACAAAAGGUCACACCUGGCGGUGCUCAGGGCUUCCUCCUGGCUCUGUGCUCAGGGAUCACUCCUAGUGGUGCUUGGGAGACCAGAGACGGUACCAGGGAUCCAACCAGAGCCGGCCACAUGCAAGGUAACAUUUCCUUUGUUGCGUUUCCAGUUUCCAGUACCAAUUCACCAACAAAGAUUUUACCCAAAACCUUAGGACCAAUCAAUGUGAAUGUUGGACCCCAAAUGAUCAUAAGCACACCGCAGAGACUCCCCGGAUCUGGAAGCGUCCUCCUCGGGGGCCCCUACGCACCCGCGCCCGCCAUGGUCACGCAGACGCACAUCGCCGAGGCCACCGGCUGGGUCCCAGGUGAUAGAAAACGGGCUAGAGAAUUAAUAGACUCUGAUUUUUCAGAAAGUAAACGAAGCAAAAAAGGAGAUAAAAAUGGCAAAGGCUUGAGACAUUUUUCCAUGAAAGUGUGUGAGAAAGUUCAGCGGAAAGGGACAACUUCGUACAAUGAAGUCGCCGACGAGCUGGUGUCAGAAUUCACCAAUUCAAACAACCACUUGGCAGCCGAUUCGCAGGCUUAUGACCAGAAGAAUAUCAGGCGGAGAGUCUAUGAUGCUCUAAACGUGCUCAUGGCCAUGAACAUCAUCUCCAAGGAGAAGAAGGAAAUCAAGUGGAUCGGGCUGCCGACCAACUCCGCACAAGAGUGCCAGAACCUGGAGAUCGAGAAGCAGCGGCGGAUAGAGCGGAUAAAGCAGAAGCGGGCCCAGCUGCAAGAGCUUCUCCUGCAGCAAAUCGCCUUCAAAAACCUGGUCCAGAGGAACCGGCAGAACGAACACCAGAACCAGGGCCCACCGGCACUGAACUCCACCAUCCAGCUCCCCUUCAUCAUCAUCAACACGAGCCGGAAGACAGUCAUCGACUGCAGCAUCUCCAGUGACAAGUUUGAGUAUCUCUUUAAUUUCGACAACACCUUUGAAAUCCAUGACGACAUCGAGGUCCUGAAGCGCAUGGGCAUGUCCUUCGGGCUGGAGUCGGGCCGCUGCUCGCUGGAGGACCUGCGUCUCGCCAAGUCGCUGGUGCCGAAAGCUCUCGAAGGCUAUGUCACAGAUAUCUCCACUGGCCCCGCGUGGUUAAAUCAGGGACUGCUCAACUCCACCCAACCCAUCUCCAACCUCGACCUGACCACCGGUGCCGCCCUGUCCCAGUCCAGCGUCAACCCAGGGCUCAGCUUGGACGCUGAAGUGGCCUUAGCGACUGGGCAGCUGCUGGCCCCCAACAGCCACCAGUCGAGCAGCGCCGCCUCUCACUGCUCCGAGUCCCGCGGGGAGACCCCCUGUUCCUUCAACGAGGACGACGACGAGGACGACGACGAGGACUCGUCCUCCCCAGAAUAAAGGCCGGAGAAAAGUCGCGUGUCA